CUGACCCAGCCCCCGGUUGCUAAGGCGAAAUCAGUGAUGCUGCUGCUGCUGCUGCUGGAAUUGCUGCACUCGCCGUAGAGAGUCUUCAAUCCCAUCCUGACAAGAGACGAAGCCAAAGAAAGACGGGACAAAUGUGUCUCCCGACAGGCGUCGCACCGACAUGCUGCUGUUUGCUGAUAUUAGCCGAUCCCACUGACUAGCAGGAUGCUCCAGUAAUCCAACCAUCCGGAUGUUGUUUAUUCGCAUACACGCAAUAAUGUAUGCAGCUACAUAUGUUCCUUUGCGUUAUACUACUUUAGGUGAUUGACAUUAGCUCCCUGUGUCUGAACAUCAUUAUGAGUGAAUGUCAGUUUGGAGCAUCUGCAGAGGAAAGUCUACUCUGACACUGACACUUCUGCAAAAUGUCCAGGCUCCUGUAUUGAUCUUGUUUGUUUGUUUGUUUUUGUUUGUUUGUUUGUUUUGAGAUUUUUAUUAUACAUACUGUAAGCCAUAAGUACUGACAGCUCUGGUGUUUGUCUCAGGAUGACAAUUUGCUCUAACUUGGGCAUAAAGCUGAUCUGAAUGGAACAAGCCAUUUAAAUGAGUUUACAUAACUACUGAUUGGGAUAAGAGUGUCCGAGUUUACGACUUUAAAAAGUUCUCCGUCCGCUUACAGGACUGCACUAAUGUUCUGCGAUUGCUAAACGUGAAUACAGUAUUAAUCCAUCCACCCAGCACUGACCAGCACCACUGCGCCUUUAAUAUUUCCUUGAGCUGUGAUUGGGUCUCACUUCAAAUCUCUUCUUAUCAAAUCCUUCUUGUGACCCAGGAGGCUUCCCUGUCUGGACACUUACAGCUAAAAGGAAACGCCUUAUGGAUGCAGUGAUCAAAAGCAUUUCUACAGAACUGGAGAAGAAUAAAGGUCCUGUGUCAAAGUCACUUUUAUAAACUUUGUUCUUUAUUUGUUCCUCACUAAAUGGUGGAGAAAAGAUGGACAGCUCUCUUUAAAAUGCUUUACUCAAAAUCCCUUCUAGCUGGAUACUCCUGUAUGUCGGUAUACAGAUUUAUCACAGUCAAAGCGGACACACAUGGAGUCACUUUGUGCUGAUGGAGCUUAAGUUCUCUUUUACGUGAUGUUGUGAUGACGACUGUCCCAGUCUAUUGGAUUUCAAAAGUGCAAGCUGAGCUAAAUGCCAUGUACCGUGGCUGCACGACUGCAGCUGCGAAACUGGCUAAUAACUCAGUACUUUAAAGCUUUCCCACUGGCCCAAGACUUCCAAAGCCAUCAAACUAAUGAAGGGGAAACAUCUGUGUGGCAGUAUCAUCCGGAUAUAAAGAAGAAAGCAUGCCUUUAAGGAAAAGAGAUACGGCCCGAGCAUUAGGGCUGCUGGAGGAUUACUGUUCCAAACUGAAGAAGCCAGAGGAGCAGCAGCUAAAAGCUGCCAUUCUGCGAGUGAUGGGAAUUUUGAGAAGCAGCCUCUUCCAGGCGCUCAUAGAUAUUCAGGAGUUUUAUGAGGUGACCCUGUUGAACUCUCAGAAGAGCUGUGAGCAAAAACUGGAGGAGGUGAAGCACAUGGCAGAGCAGUACGAAAACUCGUCCACCAGCCCCGGCUUCUCGAACGCGCACCCACAGUCUGUUUGCAUACAGCCAGAGGUGAUAAAGAAAAGUCAUGCAGAGGAGCCUGUAGCUGACAGCAACGUGAAUGCAGAGAACAGGCCACCGGCAGUUCAGGGCUCCCAGCAGCAGACCCACACUCCGGCCUGUAUGAACCCCAGCCCGAACCCGGCCCUGAUGAAUUCGCCCUGGUAUCAUUAUCAGGAUGACGAGUCACCACCGGAGCACAGUUAUCCCCGGUUGACCGGCGAGGUUCGAGCACCAGAGCUGGUGCAUGUAUCCGAAAGGAACCUGUCGGAGAUUGAGAAUGUGCAUGGCUAUGUCUCCCACUCACACAUCUCACCACUGAAGCCUGCGCAGGUUACCCGGUUUGAUCUAUCAUACCCGGGGGUGACUGCCGCAAACUACCUGGCAAGCCCAGCACCAAUUAUAGUCAACACAGACACUCUGGAGUCAGUACCUUAUGUCAAUGGGACAGAAAUUGAAUAUGAAUUUGAAGAAAUUACGCUAGAACGGGGAAACUCAGGGCUGGGGUUCAGUAUAGCAGGUGGGACGGAUAAUCCACACAUCGGAGACGAUCCUGGUAUUUUUAUCACCAAGAUCAUCCCCGGUGGUGCAGCGGCUGAGGACGGCAGGCUUCGGGUGAACGACUGUAUCCUACGUGUGAAUGAAGUAGACGUAUCUGAGGUUUCCCACAGCAGGGCCGUGGAGGCGCUGAAGGUUGCUGGUUCUAUUGUUCGACUCUACGUACGCAGAAGGAGACCCAUGCUGGAGACUGUUGUCGAGAUCAAACUCAUCAAAGGACCAAAAGGGCUGGGCUUCAGUAUUGCGGGUGGAGUGGGUAACCAGCACAUUCCGGGUGAUAACAGCAUCUACGUCACUAAGAUAAUUGAUGGAGGAGCGGCGCAGAAGGAUUGCAGGUUACAGGUUGGGGACAGGCUUCUCAUGGUUAAUAACUACACUCUGGAGGAGGUGACCCAUGAGGAGGCAGUAGCCAUAUUGAAGAACACGUCAGAUGUUGUGUAUUUGAAGGUUGGAAAGCCCACUAGUGUUUACCUUUCAGAUCCCUAUGGGCCUCCCGAUAUUACCCACUCAUUUUCCCCUGCUAUGGAUAAUCAUAUCUCUGGUAAUAACGGGACUCUGGAGUAUAAGUCCAGCCUUCCCCCCAUCUCCCCUGGUCGUUACUCACCCCUGCCACGCCACCUGCUGGGGGAGGAGGACAUUAACAGGUUGGAUGGCUUUUCAUUUUUACGAAAUCCCUCCUUAGAUGACGGGGAGGGCCACAGGUUUGAGUCCCAGCACUUCCAGUUGAGGCCUCCAGAGCCAGUUUACAGCACUGUGAAUAAACUGUGUGAUCGUGCUCCCUCUCCCCGUCACUACUCCCCUGUGGAGUUUGAUAAAAGUCCAAUGCACUCCGUCCCUUUCCCCCACUUCCACGUAGGUGUGCUCCCAGACUCCGACAUUACCAGGGAACCGAGGAAGAUUGUUCUGCAUAAGGGCUCCACCGGACUGGGCUUUAACAUCGUGGGAGGUGAAGAUGGCGAGGGAAUCUUCGUGUCCUUUAUCCUUGCAGGAGGACCAGCUGACCUGAGCGGGGAGCUGAGAAGAGGAGAUCAGAUCCUGUCUGUAAAUGGCAUUGAUUUGCGAGGAGCUACACAUGAACAGGCUGCAGCUGCACUCAAGGGGGCGGGUCAGACUGUGGCCAUCGUUGCCCAAUACCGACCUGAGGAGCUUGCGCUGUGCUCUCCACGUCGGGCUGUGCCUCCAGCCACAGAGUACGGGCGCUUCGAAGCCAAGAUUCAUGACCUGAGAGAGCAGAUGAUGAACCACAGUAUGAGCUCUGGAUCAGGAUCCCUCCGAACCAAUCAGAAACGAUCCCUCUAUGUCAGGGCCCUGUUCGACUAUGACCGGUUGAAGGACAGUGGCCUGCCAAGUCAGGGUCUUAGCUUCCGUUAUGGAGACAUCCUGCAUGUGAUUAAUGCCUCGGAUGAUGAAUGGUGGCAGGCACGGAGAGUCACUCCAGAUGGAGACAGUGAAGAGAUGGGGGUCAUCCCCAGCAAGAGGAGGGUGGAGAGAAAAGAGCGAGCUCGCCUGAAGACAGUCAAAUUCAACGCAAAGCCUGGCAGCAUUGACUCUAAAGGGUCAUUCAGUGAAAAACGUAGAAAGAACUCCAUCUUUUCACGAAAGUUCCCAUUCUACAAGAUCAAGGAGCUGGAUGAGCAAGAUGGCAGCGACUCGGAACGAAGCCAAGAGGAUGUGAUUCUCUCCUACGAGCCUGUGAUUCGGCAAGAAAUCCACUAUGCCAGACCUGUGAUCAUUCUGGGGCCCAUGAAGGACAGAAUUAAUGAUGAUCUGAUUUCUGAAUUCCCAGACAAGUUUGGCUCAUGUGUUCCACAUACUACAAGAGGAAAGCGAGAUUAUGAAGUUGACGGGCGAGAUUAUCACUUCGUCACCUCGCGAGAGCAAAUGGAGAAGGACAUACAAGAGCACAAGUUCAUCGAGGCCGGACAGUACAAUGACAACCUGUAUGGGACCAGCGUCCAGUCAGUUAGAUACGUGGCUGAGAGGGGAAAGCACUGCAUACUUGACGUAUCAGGAAAUGCCAUUAAGAGGCUACAAGCAGCACAACUCUACCCCAUUGCCAUCUUUAUAAAGCCUAAAUCCAUUGAAUCAUUAAUGGAGAUGAACAAGAGGUUAACAGAAGAACAGGCUAAGAAGACGUAUGACCGGGCCAUGAAGCUGGAACAAGAGUUUGGCCAGUACUUUACAGCACUGGUGCAAGUAGACACUUUGGAGGAUAUUUACACUCAGUGUAAGAUGGUAAUAGAGGAGCAGUCAGGACCUUACAUCUGGAUUCCCUCCAAAGAGAAACUAUAAGGAACAAACUCCCCUGCCAGGGACCUCUGGACUGCAAAAAUGAACAAAACAAAAACAAACAAACAAACAAAAAAAACAUAGACAUCAUUUGUAACAUAUGAUAAAUUAUUAUGGUAAUGUUUCUUAUUGAUAAUUCUAGUGAAUAUAAUUUCAUUUGUUUGUUGUUUGUUUGUUUAUCUGUUAUGUUGCAAUUUUAUUUUCAAUUUCAAUAUGAAUGUUUCUGAAUGUACACCACACAGUGUUGGAGACAUUUUUUUGGCCUCGAAACAAUGGGACUGGUUGUAUAUAUUGGUUAGUAUUUUUCAUGAAGAGAAAAAAAUGAUCAGAUUCAUCAAAAAUGUACACUGGCUGUUUUGUUCGUGUUAAUCGCGGUUGGAGUUUGAAGAGGAAGGACGGAGCAGACAGGGUCAGGACUGAUGGAUGAUCUCCACACCACCGCCGACAUCUCAAAUGAUAUCAGUUUUGCUCGCUUCCUGGCGGCUGCUGCCCUGCAGGACCUUCUCCCCACCGUCAGCUGUCUCUGCAGUGCUCUACAUCUCACCCUAUUUGGAUCUAUGCAUUCCGUUAUUCCUUAUUUUUACAGUGAUUUUUGUAUUAAUUUUUGUUUUAUGUUGUCCCCUUUAUUUAUUAAUUUUCUUGAUUUAAUUUCAAAUUGUCCACGUAGCUAUGGAACUUUCAGAAAAAGUUGAACGAUGCUUUAAUUUGUGUGAACUGUAAAAAGGGAUACAGCUAGGUAUAGGCACUAUAUAAAUCAGUAUAUGACUCUAUAUUUUGCUAUUUAUAUUGAUAUAGGUCACAACAGAACAGAACUAUUUAUAAAUAUGUUUAACUUUGUUUAAAAAAACACACUUUUGAAAAAGCUUAUAUUGGUGUAAGAUAUAGUGGAGUAAAUAGAAGUAGAAAUGGUUGAGGCUGUUGUGCAUCCUCUGUGACUUCAUUAAGCCUGUGGUGUGGGUGGGUGUGUGUGUGUGUGUGUGUGUGUGUGUGUGUGUGUGUGUGUGUGUGUGUGUGUGUGUGUGUGUGUGUGUGUGUGUGUGUGUGUGUGUGUGUGUGUGUGUGUGUGUGUGUGUGUGUGUGUGUGUGUGUGUGUGUGUGUGUGUGUGUCUGUGGUAAUGCAUGGUGGUGACCAAUACUUUUUCCAGAUCAAACUCACGCUGUUCUGAAUGUAAAAUGUAAGCAAUGAAA